GGCUAGCCUCUUCCAUCUCUGUGGCACGGUGUGCUUGCUGUCCUGCUGUAGUUGUUGGGUCUAGUCUGUAUCACAGUGCAGCAUGGAGAGGGAUCCUGGGCUCAGAGAGCGCCAUAUGGAUGCGCAGUGUUUCCAGCUGCUGCCUGACGUCUGUGGGAUACUGGCUGACAGCAGGCAGCUUAUGACCGAUGACUCAGUCUACGAGAAGCUGCUGGAUUGGUUCAAGUCUUUGCUUAUGACAGUGCCUCCCGAGAUGUUGCUGGAUGAGAAUCAGUGUGUGGCAGGACUUCUUCAGCAGGUGCUCAGAGUGGGAGAGACAGAUCCAAGCCUCCUCGCCUUUUCCAUGAGAUUAGUAGGGAUGCUGGCGGCUCAGGAAGGAGGAUUUAAAUAUCUGCUGGCUGAUAAUAUUGUACAUGAUAUGUUUGGGCAGUAUAGUCACACUAACUCUACGUGGAAGGAUGCCUCAGUUAGAAGAGCCUGGAUACAAGGCCUGCUCAGUAUGGUACAGCAUCGGGAGGCGGUACAGUUGUUACAUACAGCCGGAGUAUUAGAGCUGAUGUUGGAUCUAUUGAUGGAUUCCAGCCUGUUUGUGGCACAUGCAGCCAAUGACCUGGUAGCUCACGUUUUCAUCACGUGUGUGAAGCUGGAGGGACACCUAGAUGGCGGCAGUGUAUCCAAUUUACCUGAUAUGGCACAAACAAUCUUCAGGCGUUUAGAGAAGCUACUCACCUCCGGUAAUUCCCAGUUGGUCAACCAGUCCCUGAGAUCUCUGACCGCCAUCUUCAGAGACUGCACCGAUUCACUGGCUGAGAUUCUCUGGCCCCGGACAGCAGAGCUGAUCGUGUCUCUCCUGGACCAGAAACCUAUUCAUGCUGCACCUCAUCUGGAGGGACUGCUUCUUGCCGUGACCAGAUUCCCUGAUUUCUGUAAUGCUGACUGUGAUCUAUGGAUUGUGAUGAAACGUGCACUAAAUAUCCUAAAUCCUUUCCAUGCUGGUUCCCUGGCGUUUGGUAUUCUGAGAUUAAAGCAGUGUCCUCAAGAUGUCGGUCUGCAAGCUGCGUGUGUGAUCCUCCACCCGCUGGACUGUGUGCUGAGGAUUUCAUCUGAAAAUACCGGACAGCGAGGUUUUCUAGAUGAACCAGUGUCUGAUCCUGUCAUUGUGAGAAAUCUCUUAUCUACAAAGUCUUCGUGUGUCAGCCUGUUGUGUCAGAGCCUGAGCCACCUGAUGGAGCUGUGCGAGAGGGAUGGCUUCCCCAUGCAGAUCCCCCAUGCCUCUGUGCUGUGCUCUGUGGUGUCCGUUUUGCAGUUCAGCAUCGGCCAAGCAGCUUGCUCUUCAUCUACUGGUUCCCACUUCUGCAGGUUCCUGAUAGGUUCCCUUCGAGUUCAAAGGUCAGCGCUGGAUGCCAUCGGAGCUCUGUCAUGCUGGCCAUUGAGAGCAGAUAUCUUGGCAAAGACAUACAACGUACUUACUGCUUAUCUUGAGAGCCCAGAGACAGACCCAACAGUUCUGAAAAAGGCGUUUCAGGCAUCAUUGAAGUGGCUCCAGGCCUCUCGCACAUCUGAUGAGCACUGGGAACAAAGCAACUCUUUCCUCCAAGCUCUCUGCCCCGUGUUAAUGAAACGGUGCUGCAGCCCAACUUGGGAGGUUCGGGAUUCGACAUUAGAAUUUGUCACUCAUGUCGCAGAAGCUGUUAAAGACCAAGGAGAGUUCGGAGAACUUCUGAGUUCCUCUGGAAUUCCAAAGCUUGUUUUAGAUCUUCUUAAAGACCCAGAGAGUUACGUUCGAGCCAGCGCUGUGAUCUGCAUUGGUCAUAUUAUUGGUAUUGCUCCCAUUUACAAGACUGUAGGCAACUCCAUAUCUGCGGAACCUUUAAAAAGAGAGGACCUGGUGCUAAACCUAAUGGACAUUUUAUGUCAGGAUACCGAAGGGUUCCCCCGAAGGGCUGUUGUGAGGGUGUUCACCGAUUGGCUGAGGAAAGGUGACAUGCAGAAUUUUCAUGACGCAGAGAACCUGCUUUCCCGGAUACUGGAGGUGACGCUCAGUGACUUGGAUUGGGAAGUAAAAGUGAACGCAUUGGACCUGGCUGACGUCUUCAUAUGCAAGACAUUUGCGUUGGGCACUGCCUACAGUCUCCCGUACACUAUAGGGUUACCUGAUAGUAAAAGCUCAAUCACUGAUGCAUUGUUACAGUGUAAACAAAUAGGGCUCUUCCAGUUUUUACUGAGUUGCCUGUGUGACUGUGACAGACCUGUGGCCUUAAAAGCCUGUGACAUUCUCCUGUGUGUAAAGACAGAACUGUGUGAGGGAAACUCUUGUACUGCAGAACUGUAUGGCCGAGACUGGCUGGAGCAGGCACUUAAAGACCAGCGCAUCACAGCCGAGGCUGGUAAUGGUAAUGUGCAGCAUGACACAAGCUGGGUGCUUGACGUCUUAAAGAAAAUCGAUUUCGACAACUUGAAAUGUUCCCUGUCAAAGAGUAGUGAUUAUUUACAUGAAACGCCGCUGUCACUCCUGCAGGACAUCAAAGCCACCUUUUGGGGUGGGGAGGAGCAUGAUGCCGACUGCUACUGAUGAUGGACAUCCAUCCUGUCUAAUGCAGUGUCAUCUAGAUUUCAUUUAUAAAUAGUAUGAUGCUACUGAAGUGUUGCUGGUUCCUCGGUCAGAACUUCCAAUGCUCAGCACCUGGAACUGUUCCGUCAGUUUCUCUGUUGCUGCAUCGGAAUCAGUGGUGUUCACACAUCACAAGGGCUGCUGUGGACACUGAUAAAACGUUCAACACCAUAAGGCAAUAAAGCUUGUUUAUUAUUAAUAAUAAUAAAAAACAGUAACGUAUGUAGCGUAACCCACUGUAA